AUGAAGAUGACGGAAGCACAAGAGUUCUUGACUCCUACGAAAGGUGUGAAUUCAAGCAAAUUCAAUAUCAACCAUGGCCAUUUUAUUACGAACCUAGAGAAUCAGGAGAGUCCGUCCAAGCUAGGUGCAUACACACCGGGAAAAUACUCUACCAGUAGAGUAAUAGAAUCACUACACAAGCAGAUAGACGAGCUGACGAGUACGAAUCUUAAAAUGACGUCUCAAUGCCAUCAAUUAGUGAAUGAAUUGGAAUCUUCUGGGAAGAAACAGAAUAAACAAUUGGAGACCAUCUCGAGACUGCAGACAGAAAAUAUGAACCUAAAUGCAAUACUAGAUAGGAAAACUAAUAGAAUGAAUGAAUUGGAGAGUUCUUUGAAGAAACAAACUGUGUUCAAUGAAGAUGCAGCCAAAAAAAAUCUUGAGUUAGAAGAAACCGUUAAGAAACUAUCACUCGAAAACGAAAAGCUUACGGAACAAUCGACUCUGUAUAAAAUUCAAUAUGAAGCUAUCGUCGAUGCACACCAAUCUUAUAAACAGUUUUUCACGAACGAAACAAGCACUUUACGAAAUGAUCUAAUGUCUUUGAAACAAUCCAUGACCAAACAGUUGGAAUCUAAGACGAAGGAAGUAUUGGCAAUCGAUGAAAAGAUACAAAAUAAACUAGAGUCACUAGACAGUGCUCAAGAAUCCUUUAAAAAACAUGCAUCUGAGCAAAUAGAAGAUAAUAUCAAAGAACUAAGGCUUGAUAGUUGGCAAUCUUCGUUAAGAGAAGCGCAAGCUUUAUUGAAAGAAUACAAAUCACAAGCACAAGCAGAAGGUAUUACCAUUCAAGAACAACCCAAAGCGUCUAUCCCACAAUUAAGAAAUCCCAAGAGGAAAACUAGUGGUCAAAAGAGGACAAGUUUUUAUGGAACUCCUACUGGCUUCUCAAUACCAUCAAACAAACAAACGCCUCCAUCUAGCAGUUCAACUCAAUUGCCUGGCCUCAAAAGAGCUUCAUCAAUCAGAAUAUCAUCAGAUCCGAACCGUAAUAGAUAG